AAGCCUCCGCUGGCUUGGCGCCUCUGUCUGGUGUCGGGUGCUGUAAGCGACAUGGAUGGCGGGGAGGAGCAGGUGAUGUUGCCACCGAGCCCUCAGGAGGGGCCCCGGUUAGAAGAGGCGGCGGCGAAACAAGAAGAGCAAAGCGUUGAGUUCCAGCCGGCUACGGAAUAUUGGCCCGUGAUGGAGGCGCUGACUUGGAAGAGGCCGUUCUGCACUCUGGCCAGCUUCCUCUGCGCCAACCUGCUCUUCUGGUUUCUAGCACUAACUCCUUGGAAAUUUUACCACCUGGUUUCGCUCAUACUACUUGGAAUAGUCUUUAUGCAGAUGAUGAAGGAAUUAGUGCUGUCUAGACUAAAAGGUGGGCAGUUAUGGCGACGUCUCACUGACUACUACCAAGUCAGUGAGUCUGAAUCUGAAAAUCGUCUUAGACUGAACCAGUGUAUAGAAGAAGCAAUGAUGAGUUUCUUUUUGUUCCUCCAAGAAAUGUCUCAUUUUAAAGAACAGAACCCUGGCAAGUUUUGCCUUCUGGUCUGCAGCAUAUGCACAUUCUUCACAGUGUUGGGAAGUUACGUUCCUGGAAUUGUACUCUCCUAUCUUCUAUUAUUAUGUGCCUUUUUAUGUUCAUUCUUCAAGUGCAAUGAAUUUGGACAAAAGGUAUAUAGCCACAUUAAGUCAUAUCUGCUGAAACUGAACUUUGGAAUACAAGACUUUAUCAACCAAAAGUUAAAAGAGAGAGCAGAAAUGAUCAAAACAAAACCAAGUGAGGAUGACAGUGAACUAGACUUAUCAGCUUUAUGCCCUAAGGUUAGCUCAGCAACUGCAGCCAAGGAGCUGUCCGUAUCAGACACUGAUAUCUCAGAGAUAUCUUGGACUGACAAUGGAACUUUUAAUUUAUCUGAGGGAAACACUCCACAGACAGACACAUCCGAUGAUUUUGAUCGGCCAAGUGACCACGAGGAAGCUUUUGCAAAGGAUCUUGCAGAAUUUCCAUCUGUAGAAAGUGGUGCUGGAACAAACGAUGAUGAUGAUUCAAGCAUUGGCUUGCCAGUUCGGCAUAAGAGAAAAAAAGCUCAUCCCCCAACCCCAUUGGACCAGUGUCACAGGCAGGAUAAGGAGGGGCACUCUGCAGCAGGCCUUUCCUUGUCUUUGAUCAACGACCAGGCCUUCAGCUUGGUGACAGCAAUUGCUGGCGAUGUUGUUACAUCAGUGGUAGCAGCAGCCGUCAGAGAACAGUUGCAAUCUGUGCAGGAAGUCCCAAGUAUAAGUGAAGAGGCAGAUGCAGAAGAAGGAGAUGAUUUUGAACUGCUUGACCAGUCAGAGCUUGAACACAUGGAAAGUGAACUGGUACCUACCAAAAGCCCAAAGGCGGAGCCACAGGAAAAGAAGAAGUCUUCAGGCUUCCUCUCAAAUCUGCUUGGUGGGCAUUAAUGUGGAAGGAGAAGCUGCUUAAUAGUAUAUCGACAUAAAUACAGACAAUGUGAAAUGCAAGGA